AUGGACAAAGAGGAAUAUGUUUUUAAAAAAGGAGGCAAUUUAGAUAUUUACUGUUAUGGAACUUUAAGCAUUCACUGGAAAGUCCCAAGGAAAUCAGAUGGCUACACUGAAAUUAACAAAAAAAGUGUACCAGGAAACAACACCUAUUCAUACAUUACUUUACUCGAAAUAAGAAAUAUUUCAUACCUCUAUGUGGGAUCAUACAUGUGCGUUGGUCUAAGUAAAAAUACUUCUAUAUACUUCUAUGUUAAAGGUAAACCAAUAGUAACAAUAGUAACUGAUGACUUCCACUUAAUAAACCAAAAUUCGACAGUGACUUGCACGGGGACAGCAAAUCCUCCACCAAAAAUUGAAUGGUUUUACCAAGCUUGCAAAUCUUGCGACUUCAAACAGAUCAACGAAUCCAGCAACUCAAAUGACACAAAUUACGAGUUUAAUUCCACUGUAACAAUCAAAUCUUCAACACAUGGAUUAUUACAGUGCAAAGCUUCAAAUAGUGAAGGGACGGAUUUUGAGUUGGUUGAGUAUUUAGUUUCAGAUGUUAAAAACGGUUUCGACUUCACGGGCUUAGAAGAUUUCUAUGUAUCGCAAAAUAACGUUUACCUUGCUAUAGACCAAAAAAUGUCCUUAAUGUGUGGGGCAUCUGUAUUAGAAUUUUAUGAACCGGAAUGGUAUGUCAACAAGACUCUGGUUAAAAAGAGUUUUGGUAAAUUUGUUCUGGAUACAGCUAGAACCAAUUAUAGCAGAAAAAGUUUUCUUCUAAAAGAAAAAGCUGAAUAUACAGAUAGUGGAUAUUAUGAGUGCAAGGUUCCAAGAAAGUACAGCCAACAUGGAAAUAUUCACUAUGGUUUAUCUGUUAUGGAUAAAUCGCCAUUACAGGUAGUUCUGAAUCAAAAAACAAAUGUCAAGUUAAAUAGAACACACCCUAUUACCUUGACUUGCGAUGUCUUUGGUUUGCCAAAACCCAAAGCAGUUUGGCUCAAGGACGGACAAGAGAUAAAAUCCUCAAAGAAAGUGUAUUUUAAUGGAGUGCCUUAUGUAAGAUUAAACAUAAACGUUCUUGAAGAAGGUACUUAUGAAUGCUUAGGAAUUUUGAAUGGCACCAUUUCAAAGCAAAUAUAUGUGGAGUCUGAAACAACAUCAUCAAAGUUGUUGUUCAAAUGCCUUGGAGUAUUUUUAGCACUCUUGGUUUUCGUUCUGGCUAUUAUUGCUUUAAAAAUUUUCAAUUUAAAACAGAAACUAGAAUACGAAAUGAAACAAGCAGGUUUAGAUAACUUCAAAUGCGGCGCCAUAAAAAAUCUAAACCCGAAACUGGCAAUUGACAAACAAGCGGACUUGCUGCCAUAUGAUGACAAAUUCGAAUUCCCUAAAAAAAAAUUGAUUAUCGGCGAACAGCUCGGUUCAGGGGCAUUUGGUGUUGUAAUGAAAGCAGUGGCGAGGAAUAUUUUGAACCACGAAGACAUGACUGUUGUGGCUGUAAAAAUGGUGAAGAAAGACGCUGAUCCGGCGCUAAUUAAGGCAUUGGCAUCCGAGCUUAAGAUUAUGGUGCACCUUGGAAAGCAUUUGAAUGUUCUUAACUUGCUGGGAGCUUGUACUCGGAACGUUUUUAAAAGAGAACUCAUGGUCAUAGUGGAAUUCUGUCCCUACGGAAACCUAAACAACUAUAUACAAAGACAUCGAAACCACUUUGUUAACCAAAUUAAUCCCACCACGCAAUCAGUAGAUUUUACAAUUGGGGUGGAGGUUCUUGAAAAAGUAUAUUCAGCUUCAAACAGUUCUGCUGUGGAAGAUCCUGGUUCCAGUAAAGGUUCAAAUAAUUAUAACGUACAUUAUACUGCAAGAACUGAAAUGUCUUCUUUAUCCAACAACUGUGAAUUUAAUAAUGAGUUUUACCUAAGCAACAACUGCUGUAUCCAACCUGAUUCCGGAUCAAACUAUAAGGGAGACUACAAAGAAAAUGUAAAACCAAUUUUCACAAAGAAUUUGAUAUGUUGGGCCUUCCAGGUUUCCAGGGGAAUGGAGUAUUUGGCUUCCAGAAAGGUUUUGCAUGGAGAUUUGGCAGCAAGAAACAUUUUGUUGUCUGAGAAUAACAUAGUAAAAAUAUGCGACUUUGGUAUGGCCAAAAGUAUGUAUACCAAUGUAAACUAUCAAAAGAAAGGAGAGGCUUUGCUUCCAUUAAAAUGGAUGGCAAUAGAAUCUAUAAGGGACAGCAUUUUCUCAACUCAAUCAGAUGUUUGGUCUUUUGGUGUAGUUCUGUGGGAAUUUUUCUCGCUAUCCAGAACCCCGUAUCCUGGUAUUUCACCUUGUAAAACCCUUUAUGAUAAAUUAGUCAGUGGUUAUAGAAUGGAAAAACCGGAGUUUGCCCCCAAAGAAAUCUAUAAUAUGAUGAUGGACUGUUGGUUGGAGGAACCACAAAGUCGACCAUCGUUCGAAAUCCUAACUGAACGUUUGGGUGACCUCUUGGAGGACAAAGUUAGAGGGCACUACGUUGAUCUCAACGAUCCUUACCUGAAAAUGAACACCGAAUCAUUGAAAACUCGAAGCGAUUAUUUGGCGAUGGUAAGUCCACCAGAUUUCGGUGUGCUAUCCUCUCCAGUUUCAGACGACUGCCCCGAUCCCUCCGAUUUAGACUCCUUGGAGAAAGUUGGAGACAUAACGAGUACUCUGAAUAACUACGUCAAUAUGAAUCAAAAUUCCUAAUUAUCCUAAUGACAAGUUUUUACAAAGUGAGAAUCUUAGGCAGCACCUGAGGUCAACUUAGUAAAUCAAAAAACUGCUUGUCCGAUUUUGCUUAAACUCUGUAAUAUAAUAAGCUGACAGAAUAUUUUUUUCAUUUAUAAUUGCUUUAUAUUUAUAACAUAAAAUACUAAGAAACACUU